AUGGAAAUCUCGCCACAGACGAUUCCCAUCUGCUACAAGCAAAAGACCCUCCGCCCAGCUACCCCAGGGACCCCUUCCUCAGAAGGUACCUUCACCUCCAGCCUCUCAGCCCUCUCAUUUCCAUUCCACCCUUUAUUUCUCGAAACACAGCCUCCCAAGAAACUGUCCUUAAAGACCCUGUCUCCCGAGAACGACGCUCGCCAGCCCCUCAGGCCCCACUCUCCUGAAAGACAUCAGCGCGGCGCUACCCACUUAACCUCCAACACCGAGCCGCCACUGCCCCCGGCCGCCCUCUGGCCCCUGGCCCUGCCUCCCCUCCCCCUCCGACCUCCACAGCCCCUCAUCGCCGGAUCCCCGCCAGCCAAACCCCCUGCCCGCACGCUGCCCGUCCCUGGUCCUCGCCCAGCCUCGCCCGAGCCACACCGCACCGCCAGCCCUCUCACCGGCCGCCCCGCCGGUAAACGCUGCGCUCCAGCUCAGGGCUCAGUGUUUGGAGUCUCCCCCUCCGCCUUAGUGGCCCAGUCACAAAGCGUCAUGCCGCAGAAGCCUGUGCCCCUCACUCGGACGUCGCAGGCUAGCAGUCAGGCUCGACACCGGGACGGGUGUGUUUACAUCGAAUUCUCGCGACAGCUGGUUCGAAGCUCAAAGCACGUGGACAUGGCAGCUGCCAAUCACUUUUCGCUGGCCACUCAACCAUUCCGAACCCGCCUUCUGCCCCGCCCUUUUCGAUGUGUUUACCUUCCGGGAGCUGAGGCUGGUUUGCCCCCGGUGGGCUCCCGGGAGCCGGGGUGGUGA